UUUUUUUUUAAUUCUUAAUUAUAUGUUUGGUAUUAAUAUUUAAUCCGGUACUGUUUCAAAAAUUAAAAAAAAUAUACGGUUUGUCGAAUUAAAAAUUUUUAUUUAAUUUUCUAAUUCUGUGGGAUUAAAUUUUAUUUAUUUUUCAACCCGGUAUGUGGGAUUCAAUUAAUUUUUUAAUGCAGUCAUUCAAUUUUACAGUUCGCAUCUCACAUUUCAUCUCUUUUUCCAACAAGUUCUUAUAAACUGCGCCGAUAUGGGAAUGCUGUUAUUUUUGCUUCUUUAAGAAUAGCUCUGAUAGAAUGUACAGCUAUGAAGCUUAAUUUCGUAAAGUGCAUCAAAGAUAUUUAACCUGUAAUAACUACUGCUUUCAUUUAAAAAGAAUAUCAGCUUUACACUACCAGUUUACCUUGUAAUGUCAACUACUCAUACAUUUUACCUUGUAUGAAAUUAUAGUAAUAUAACUAUAUUUGUAUCAGUUGGUAAAUCCACAAUCUAUUAAAUUUUAUUUUCAGCUUUUACUUACUGCUCGGAAAUUAAAACCACCAAACCUUUGCUUUUUCAAAGUAAUAUAUUUAUUAUAUAUAAGUAUAAAUAUGUCUGUAUGUAUUUUUUAUAAAUCUCCACCACCAAUUCUACAAUAAUUUCGUGGAGACCUUCAACAACCUGCAAUCGUAGAAAAACUAACAGCGUAAAGUAACUUACAAUUACUUCCGACUGCAGUUCAAUAAAUUUAAGGUAUUACUAAAAAGUUUUCAAAUUCAUAUACCAAAAAUUUAUUGGCACUCAUAUGAGUUUAUAGGGCCGAUAAAACAUGCUACCACAUUCAGUGGCUACCGCUCCUUAUCUUAAUACAAGUUGCUAAAUAUAUGACUAGGUGGCAGUUAACAUUACAGGCGGCAGUAGCGGAUUAUGUUUAUCAAAAAGUAUUUAUGACAUUGACAGUGUACUAAUAUGAAAUCGAAGGUUAUAAAAUGUGAGGAGCGAAAGGAGUGUUUGGUCUAAAAAAUUAAUUAAUAAAUGUCCCAGCAAGCAUCAUGACUUAUUAAACUAAUAUUUUAUUAAUAAAGAUCGAAUAUUAAUUCUGCACAACUUGCAAUAUAUAUAGAGAAAAAAUUGCUUUAAAAUUGUAGCAAUUUAACAUACAGCAAUAAUUAAAAAAUUGUAUCAAAAGUAAGGCAUUAUAAUUUCCGUUAAAUAAUCAUCAUUUUUGUAAAUCAUAAGAUUAUUUUUUGAGUUAAAGUCGUACUUUAUUAUAUAAUACUAUUUAUAAAAAUGUGCAUAGCUUCUUCGAAAUACACUGAAAUUAAAAAAUAAUGCUGUGACUACUUGGUAUAACAACCAAAGUCAUCCUAGAUACAACCGAACGAUAACAGUAUUGAAACCCAUUGUAAAUAAAAAUAUCUCCAGGACUUGUUAACAAACACUGCUUCAGUGAAACUGCCUUCCCAUACAUUAUAUAAGUAGUUUUUUAGUUUCCAAUGAAAGUAUAUUAUUAUUUUAGCCCCUGUGCCAUGCGAUACCUUCAGGUGGUACAAUACGCAUGACAAAACUCAAAACAAAUACGAUAGAUACAUCUGAGUAUAGCUUUGCGAAAUUCGCUGCGACUUACUUUAACGCACAAGCGACCGGUUAUCAUAGUAUAAAGCCCCUAAAGAAACCGUUACUUGAACAUGACUUACCUAUGGAUGGUAUUGCCGCCAAGGCCAUUUGGAUAAUGAUAUUGCGUUUUAUGGGCGAUAGGGCCGCGGCAAAAUUUGAAGAGGAUGUUGAAAGCACUCAAUUCAACUAUCAUGUUAAGGAGUCAAAAAGUGCCUCUCAGAGUAAAGAGUUUCAAGCUGCACUUGCUGCAUUAAACGAGACCGAAUCGAAACAUCAACAUUUGAUUCGAAAAACAUUGAAGCGCAAAACGAAAUUUCCGGACCUAUUACGUAAGACGCUAGAUAAUGUCGAGAAAAUCGAGUUCUACGAGCAAGUUUUGAAUGUACGCAGCAGUAAUUUGGAGAAAUUGCAUUUCAUAAUUGGGCAUGGCAUACUGCAACCCACUCUGAGAGAUGAAAUAUUGGCACAAAUCUGUAAACAGUUAACCAAUAAUCCUUAUCGCUCUUCUAUCGCUAAGGGCUGGAUAUUACUUUCCCUCUGCAUAGGCUGCUUUCCGCCUAGUAACCGUUUUGAGAAUUUUCUACGUUGUUUUAUACAGCAUGGUCCCAUGUUGUAUGCCCCGUAUUGCGAGAAUCGUUUGGACCGAACACUGAAGAAUGGACCGCGUACACAACCACCCUCGUGGCUAGAGUUACAGGCAACUCGAAAUAAGUCCGCCAUCACGUUAAACGUUUUCCUUUCGGACGGCAACAUGAAGAAGUUACAGGUGGACUCGGCUUCUACAGCAAAGGAAGCAGUACAGCAGUUAGCGGAGCAUAUUGGACUCUUGGAUCAUUACGGCUUCUGCAUUGUCAUUUCAAUCUUCGACAAAGUCAUGUCACUUGGUAACGGCAAUGAACACAUAAUGGAUGCUAUCUCCAAUUGUGAACAGUAUGCUAAGGAACAGGGCAAGAAUGAGAAGAAUGCGCCUUGGAAGUUGUAUUUGCGUAAAGAGAUGUUUUGUACUUGGUACGAUCCAAGUAUGGAUCCCAUAGCUACAUAUUUAAUAUAUAAGCAGAUAACUCGUGGCCUCAAUUUUGGUGAAUAUCGCUGUCGCACCGAAAAAGAUAUUGCUAUGAUCUGUGCACUUGAAUAUUAUGUGGAACAGGGUGCAAAUAUGGAUAGUAAUGUCUUACGUAAACUCAUACCCGACUUUGUACCAAAGAAUCUCUUGACAGCCGGUGAGAAAAGUCUGAAAGCAUGGGAGCAGCUUAUAGUGGCAACAUUUGCCAGCAAUAAAUAUGUGAAAUCCGGUACACCAAAACAAGCCAUGGAGGAUAUCUGUUUGUUUGCGCAACUAUCAUGGUCUAUGUAUUUCUCACGAUACUUUGAAGCUGUACGCAUGGCUGGACCGCAACUCCUCACAGAUAAUGUAGUUAUAGCCAUCAAUUCGAAUGGUGUAUAUUAUGUCGAUGAAACGGAGCAAGUCUUGGCUGAACUAGCUUAUGCUGAGCUGAGCCAGGUGACGUGUGUUACGGUUGAGAGUCCGAAUAUCAGUGAGCUGCAUAUUGAAACUGUUCAGAAGCAAGAUUUCACCUUCAAAUGUUAUGAAGCAGCAGAUAUCGUGGAGUUGAUAAAUUUUAUGUUGAAAAAUCUCAAAGAACGCUCGAAAUAUGGCAUUGUCAUGGAGGAUUACAAGCCAGCAUUAGAAGAGCGUGAGGGUCGUUUCUUCUUACUAAAAGGUGAUCUGGUGCGAUUUGAUGCUGAUAUCACAGGUGCGCAAAUAAUGGAGGGUAAAAAGCGUUGGUUUUCAGGUAUUUGCAACGACGAGUUGGGAGAAUUUCCAGUGGAAGUGGUAACCGUUCUAGCAACGCUAGCAAAACCCUCAGAAGAGUUAUUACGGUUAUACAAAGAGAGCGCUGAAAACGUGCACAAGCGAUAUUUAAAAUCGGUAAAAUAUACCACAAUACAGCGCCAACGUAUGCAUACACUGAGAAAAUUUGCAGAAGAUCAUUUUCGUGAUGAGCAAAUCACCGGACGGCCAUCGCAGGUGCAACUGCACACAGUGAGGUCAAUAAAUGAUGAGCUGUGGCGACAUUCAUACAACAUGCUGAAGGCCCCCCUGCUCAAAGUUCUUUUACGUGAUCCGGAGAAUUUCCAAAAAGCGCUUGUAAUAUUUUACAAUAUUCUGAAGUAUAUGGGUGACACGCCACAUGGUAAGCAGAGCAUAAAUACCGAUUUCAUUUUCAAACCUGCCUUAGAGUUUGAGACCCUCUGCGAUGAACUCUACUGCCAGCUGAUGAAACAAUUAACGGCAAAUCGUUUACAACACAGUGAAGAACGCGGUUGGGAUCUGAUGUAUUUAGCGACGGGCGUCAUGUACCCCAGGCCAUUGGUUAUGAAAGAGCUGCUUGAGUUUUUGAACACACGCACACAUAUCUUGGCAGUGGAGUCCCUCAAACGCUUGAAACGUACGCUGGCCAAUGGACAACGCAAACGACCACCACAUGCCAUCGAAGUGGAGGGGAUACAGCAGCGUUUCAUGCAUAUUUAUCACAAGAUAUAUUUUCCAGAUGGCAGCGUGGAAGCUUUUGAAAUUGCUUCCUUUACACGCGCUGCUCACAUUACACAAGACAUUGCAAAACGUUUUCAACUCAAAUCUUGCGAAGGAUUCUCACUCUUUGUGAAGAUCGGCAAUAAAAUAUUUUCCAUGCCCGAAACGGAAUUCGCAUUCGAUUUCAUUAACGAAUUGGAGGAGUGGAUGAAAAUGAAUUUACCCAGUCGCUCAAUAACACAAAUCGGAUUACAGUAUCAACUGUAUUUCAUGAAAAAACUUUGGUUUAAUGUGGUGCCUGGUCGGGAUCGUCAUGCCGAUACGAUUUUUUACUAUCCACAAGAAGUGCCCAAAUAUUUAAGUGGUUACUACAAAGUGGAUAAAGACUCUGCGAUCACAAUGGCUGGUUUAAUUUACGUAGUUGGCUUUGGCACGAGUACAACGCAUUUGCAUAAAAUAGGUAAUGUGCUACCAUAUUUAGUGCCCGAAGAUCUUAUAAUGCUUUUGAAAGUUAGUCAAUGGCGUCCACGCAUAAUACAAUGUGUAAGUGUCCUGUUGGAGGAGAACGUCGAUGAGUACGAAGCGACACAACGUUUUCUAAGCCAUUUAGUAGCGCAGCAAAUGUUCGGUUCGACAUUCUUUUUAGUGAAGCAGAAUGAAGAUCAAAAUUUGCCAGAGACUAUAUUGAUUGCAAUAAAUAAACGUGGUUUUCACAUUAUUCACCCAGAAAAGAAGGAUAUACUGCAAUCUUACGGUUAUGCCGAUUUAAGUUUCUGGAGCUCAGGAAAUACAUAUUUUCAUGUGCGUUUCGGCAAUAUGAUUGGUGCUUCGAAAUUGCUAUGCACCACCACCCAAGGUUACAAAAUGGAUGAUUUGCUUACUUCUUACAUCAAAUAUUUUAAAGAGAAAUAGAGAAUAUAUAGGGUAUACAUAUACCCAUAAUACAAUAUAUUUAUUAUAACACAAUUAUUCUCUGAAUACAAAUAUGUUGACAACGGUGCGUCCGCUGUACAAUACUAAAUAGAACACAGAA